AUGACUUCGGAGUUUUAUUUUUUCGAUCAGUAUUCGCAUGGAUCACAUAUUGGUGGUGUUUAUCGAACUAAACGAGAUUCAAAAGAUUUAAAUCAAGCUUUAUAUCAUGCUAAAAUAGCAUCAUCUAUUGAAGAUGAAAAUUCAGAUAGAACAGAAAUUAAUACACCAACUUCAAUUAAAAAACAAACAAAUCAAAUAACUAAUGAUACACUUUUACAAACAAUCUUACGUAAAUCAAAAACACCGAUUGUACCUGAAAUUUUAAUUGACGAAUUAAAUAGAAAUAUACAAAUCUUUGAUAAUAAAUCUAAAACAACUUCAUUACCAUCUAUUCCAUCAAAAUCUCGUCAAUCUUCGCUUAUAGAUAGUGAACAACAUAUUAAUCAUGAAGAUGAAUUAAUUAAUCUAACAAAAAAUUUACCUAAAGUAUCUUUACCAAGUUUAUUAAUUGUUCAAUUAAAUUCAACGUGGUCUGAUCUAAUUCAAAAUACAGAAUAUGAAUACAAAGUGUGGCGAACAAAAGCUGGUAAAGAAGCAUGGCAUCAAUAUGUUCAACAAAAACAUUCAAAAUUAAUAAAUCGUAGAAAACAACAAAGCAUCACUGAUAAUAAAUCAAUCAUUCGCCGUCAAACAAGUUCACGUGUUAGUCCAUUAUCAUUAACAAAUCUUUCUCAUCGACAAUCCUUAAAAAUAACUUCAAAAAUCCGUUGUAAUCGACCAUUAUCACGUGCUUCUAUAACUGGAAGUAAUACGUCACAAGAUAAUCAACGUUUAGUAAAAGUAAAUUAUCAAGGAGGAGCUUCAGAAAAUGUAAUUGAAACUAUUAAAAAUGGUAUACAUGUUGAAUUUAAAUUAUCAACACAAAUGAAUGAAACAAAACAAAAAACAAUACAAUUAGAUGAACAAAACAUUGCUUUAUUCGAUGUACCAAAACCUCCAAAUGCUUUUGAUGAAGAUAUCAUUGCUUUAACUCAAAAUAAAUGUAAACGUUUGUUAGCGGAAACAAAACAAAAAAUACUUGCAACGACUAAUAAUCAGAAUACAAAACAUCAAAAAUUAUGUCGCAUUUGGUUUUAUGAAGAUAAUCAAACUACUCGAAACAAGAAUAAUUUUUUGACAUUAAAUGAAUUCAAUCGACGACCAAAAUCCAAAUUUGCACUCGCAAUUUUACGACAUGAAAUUCCAGAAAAAUACAAUAUUGAUAUUGAUAUAUCUGAAACAAAACAUAAAUGUUAUAUUGAAUUAGAAGAUGGUUCAAGUCAAAUAUAUUAUCCAUCUGGUCGUUUGGCUGUUUUAUGUCUUCGAUCAUCAUAUUCUACAACACUUUUUUUCAAUGAUACAAAUUCAAUAGGAAAUCAAUUUCUUGGUCUUGUUACAUCCACUGGUAAUGUACUUUUAAUGCAACCAAAACUUCAUGCUCAUUUUAUUACUAAUAAUCAACGUGAAUGUUCUUAUUUAUGUAAUGGUAAAACAGGUAUUAUAAAAAAACAAAUUCAAUGGCAUUUAAAAGAUAAUAAUUAUCAAGGACAAUCUAUUUCAAAUGAUAAAGAUAAUAUUAAUCAAACAUUAUUUGAUAAUACUGUUCAAUUACAAUUAAAUUCAUUUAUGCAACUUGAAUAUAAUAAUUCAUCAAAUAUACAUUUUGUAUUUACAUGUCAAAAUGAAAAAUUUCAUUUUCAAUUAGGUAUUCAUUUACCCACACAAUCAUCAAUACCAAUGGAUUUAAUAACAACAGUUCCAAUGAAAAAAUUUUCUCAAGAUAAAAAAAAUCAAACAAUAACAAAAAAAUCAAAUCCAAUAAGUUCAAAUGAUAUAUCAAAUGUUUUGGAAAAACAACAAAUAUCUGAUGAACAACUUUAUUUUAAUCAAUUACCAAUGAUUCAAGAAUUAAUUUUAUUAAGAAAACGUAUUGAAAAUAUUUGUCAUAGUUGGCUUAAACAAUAUCGAACAAUUUUAGGUAUUAUGGAUAUAAAUGCUUAUUGUUUCCCUGAUUUACCAGUCGAAUCACAAACAAAACAGCAAAUGAAUAAUUCGAAUCGUAGUAAUAGUGCUAAACAACAUAAACAUGUUCCAAUAUUAACAAAAAGAUCUUUAACUAAUAAUGAUUUUGUUCAAUUAAUUGAUAGAGAACAACAAUUUCUACAAAUAGAUUCAGAAGAAAAAACCGAAUUGAAUGUUAUAGAAAAUGCCAUUGAACAAUUUGUACCUCAUUCGAAUGUUGGUCGCGCAAUAAAACAACGGAUUUUUACAAACGAUAAAAUAAUACCAACUACUUUACCAGUUAUUAAAUAA